AUGGAAUUUAUAGGUAAAUCAGUGAAGAAGAAAUUCAAAGGGUUCGGUUUCUUUAAAGGAACUGUCAAAUCCUACGACGAGUCGUCUGGUUUAUUCGAGAUCAAGUACGAGGACGGUGAUUUCGAGGAGCUUGAUUUCUCUGACGUUGCUUCUCUGUUAGGAGAGGAGAAAGAAGCCGCCGCUGUUGCUACGGCCGGCCCUACUGACCCCAAGCCCCGUUUGGGCCGGAAGCCCAAGAAGCGUCGCCGUGCUGAGCCUAAGAAGCCUGAGAGCGGAAGAGAGUCAGGUAAUUAUGGGGUUGUUGAGGCUAAUGGGAAUUUGGAUAUGAAUAGAAAUGUUGAUUUGAACGAUGGAGAAAGGAAGUGGGGUUGUGGAGAAUUUGAGAGAGGGGGUUUUGAUUUGAAUGCUGGGUUUAAUUUUGAUUUAAACGAGGAGGAAGAGGAGGGUCUUAAUCAUAAUCGUAACAAUAAUAGUAAUAAUAUUAAUAAUUUAAGUGUUGAUUGUGAAGGGAAGAAGAGAGGGUGUAUUGACUUGAAUGUGGACGUUAGUGGUGAUGUGGACGAGAAUUUUAAGGAGGUUGAUUUGGAGUGUAAAGUUGUAGAGACCCAAAGGAGAGAAUGUGGGUUUGAUUUGAAUUUGGGGAUUGAUGAGGAAAUUAGGGAGGAGAUGGAUGUUGGUUUUGAAGGGCAAUUGGCAGAGACUACAAAUUUUGAUAUUCAAAGGACGGGGGAGGUUGAGAAAAGUCAAAUUGAAAGAGCCAUUCCUAAUGGGAAAUUGGAAGAAGUUCAUGUCACCAAUGAUUCGUGUGUAGGGUUGGGUGAGAGAAUUGAGGAGGUGAAUAUUGUUUAUGUUGAAGACUUUAGGGCUUGUGGUUCUGUUGGGGUGAUGGAUGUUAAGGAUGUCAAGGAGGAUUGUCCCGAGGUGAUUGAUUUAACAAGUGCCUAUAAAGAGGAGAGUGGGAGUCGGAGGAGGGGGAGGAGGAGAAAACAUGCAGAUAAUUUAGAUUCUACUGCAGAAGUGACUGUUCUCUCGGAUGCUACUGCUGUUAGGGACGAUAGUUCGGUGGGGAGUGGUAGUCGGAGGCGCGGGAGGAGGAGAAAACUUGCAGAUAAUUUGAAUCCUACUCCAGAAACAAUAGUUCUCUUAGAUGCUAAUGCUGUUAGGGAAGAUUGUAUGAUGGAAGUUGAUGAGAACCUAGGUGAUAUUGGAAGUUCAUAUAAACAGGUCAGUGCUUGUGCUAGAAAGAGGAGAAAACUUUUGGGUAAUGGGAAUUCUAUGCAAGAAACAACGGUCUUGAGAAGAAGUGCUCGUAGAGGAUCAGCUAAAAACAAUAUGUUAAAAGAUUUAUCAAUGUCUGCUGUAGUAAGUACAUUAAUGGAGGACAAGCCUGUUAAAUCACAUCACGAAUGGCCCAAAGAGCCUGUGGUUCUUCCUCCAAAGUUGCAACUACCUCCUUCUUCACAGAAUUUAGAUUUGAGUGGAAUUCCCGUACUUGACCUAUUCUCAGUUUACGCCUGUUUAAGGACAUUUAGUACUUUGUUGUUUUUAAGUCCAUUUGGGUUGGAAGAAUUUGUGGCAGCACUGAAGGGUAACUCCCCAAGUUCAUUAUUUGAUUUUAUUCAUGUUUCAAUUUUGCAAACUCUAAGAAAGCAUUUGGAGCACCUUUCAAAUGAAGGUUCUGAAUCUGCUUCUAAUUGCCUGAGGAGCCUUGAUUGGGGUUUGUUGGACAUAAUUACAUGGCCUGUUUUCAUGGUUGAGUACCUCCUGAUCCAUUGUUCAGGGCUGAAACCUGAAUUUGAUCUUAGUAGAUUGAAGCUGUUAAAAAAUGACUACCACAAACAACCUUUAUCUGUGAAGUUGGAGAUACUACAGUGUCUUUGUGAUGACAUGAUUGAGGUGGAAGCCAUUAGGUCGGAGCUUAAUAGGAGAUCUUCAGGAGCUGAACCUGAUGUGGACUUUGAUCGAAAUGUGGGUCUUGGGGCUUACAAGAAGAGGAAGACUGCAAUGGAUGUCUCAGGUAACUCAUGCCUAACGGAGGAUGCUGCUGAUGACACUAAUGACUGGAAUAGUGAUGAAUGUUGCCUUUGUAAGAUGGAUGGGAAUUUAAUAUGUUGCGAUGGUUGUCCUGCUGCAUAUCAUGCAAAGUGUGUAGGCGUUGCCAAUAACUCUUUGCCAGAGGGUGACUGGUAUUGUCCUGAGUGUGCAAUUGACAGGCAGAAGCCUUGGAUGAAACCUCGAAAGUUGCUUCGAGGAGCAGAGCUACUGGGAGUUGAUCCUUAUGACCGGCUAUAUUUUAGCAGCUGUGGUUACUUGUUGGUGUCAGAUACAUGUGAGACUGAAUUUUCAUUCAAUUACUAUCGAAGGGACGAUCUUAGUGUUGUUAUCGAAGUGCUAAAGUCUUCACAGAUGAUUUAUGGCAGCAUUUUGGAGGCUAUCCACAAGCACUGGGAUAUGCCUGUUACUUUAUAUGCGGCAAGUAGCAAUUUGAGCUCCUUAAAGCAUACAACAAGCUUAGACUUGUGCUUACCCCAAUGUACUUUGGCAUCUUUAGAAACAUGUGCAACUAGAAUUGAGGCUGCUGAUGGACGAAACCUGGAAAAGUUCGUUAAUGGAUGUUGUGGUCAUCUUGAUGUUGAGCUUUCAAAGUCUGUGAGCGUGACAUGCAUGAGUUCUGAAGGAUCAGCAGAAACCACCCAAAUCAGUUCGGGGAACCAGAACUUUCAGAAAGGCCCUGACUGUGCUAGCAGAUCUGCUGGCUUCUCAAAUGAAUCCGAGGUUCCAGGAAUGUCUCCGCUCGUGGGAGACAAUUCUAUGACUUCCAACAGUUUGGAUGUUAAACAAGAAAGGAAUCCAUGUUCUUCUCCUGCCAGACGUCCUUCAUCUGCUGCAAAGGCAACAGCUGAGGUCACAUUACAGUUGCAGCCUGGAACUGAAUACAUGAACUAUUAUAGUUUUGGUCAUACAUCUGCUUCAAUUGCGGAUGUUUUAUUGUCUAAGUCAUCAGACAAGACCACUGAAAACUCCAUAAAAUCAGAUGAGGAUAUGGCUUUAGCUCAGAUGAAGGUCAUCUUAAAGAAAUCGAACAAGUUCCGUUGGUCAAGUAUUCGUAGUCUAAAUGCUGAAGUCCAGAAAGAAAAAUGUGGAUGGUGCUUCUCCUGCAGAGCUACCACUGAUGAGCCAGAUUGCUUGUUUAAUAUGAGUUUAGGUCCUGUUCAGGAAGGGUCUGAAAGUGAGGUGAUCAGUCUUCAAUCAAAAAGAAACAGGAAAGGCUAUCUUAUAGAUUUAAUAAGUCAUAUUCUCUUGAUUGAAGAUCGGCUUCAGGGGCUGUUACUGGGUCCAUGGCUGAAUCCGCAUUAUACCAAGCUUUGGCGUAAAAGCAUUCUCAAGGCAUCUGAUAUUGUGUCAGUUAAACAUUUACUUCUCAAAUUAGAGGCAAAUGUGCGGCGGCUUGCACUUUCAGCAGACUGGGUGAAACAUGUGGACUCUGGUGUCAUGAUGGGAUCAUCUUGUCAUAUUGUGACUGCUUCCUCACGUGCAGCUUCAAAGAAUGGGAUUGGCAGGAAAAGGGCUAGGUCCACAGAAUUUGAGUCAAAUCCUUCUGCAAAUUCUGCCAGUGGAUUGAGUAUGUUUUGGUGGAGAGGUGGUAGGCUUUCUCGCCAGCUGUUCUGUUGGAAGGUUUUACCUUUCUCCUUGAUAUCCAAGGCUGCCAGACAAGCUGGUUGUAUGAAGAUACCAGGCAUAUUAUAUCCUGAGAAUUCAGAUUUUGCAAAGAGAAGCAGACAUGUUGCCUGGCAAGCUGCCGUCGAGUCAUCAGCGACUGUAGAACAGCUUGCUUUGCAGGUUAGAGAGUUCGAUUCGAACAUUAGGUGGGAUGAAAUUGAGAACGCUCAUCCUUUGUCUAUGUUGGACAAGGAACUUAGAAAAUCAUUCAGGUUGUUCAAGAAGGUAAUUGUUCGCAGGAAGUGUGUAGAAGAAGAAGGGGCAAAGUAUCUUCUUGAUUUUGGCAAGAGGAGAAGUAUUCCCGAAGUGGUUUCAAAACAUGGGUCUAUGAUUGAAGAAUCCUCCAGUGAAAGGAAGAAGUAUUGGCUAAAUGACUCUUAUGUUCCCUUGCAUCUCUUGAAAGGUUUUGAAGAGAGAAGAAUUGCUCGCAGGUCUAGUAAGAUGAGUUCUGGGAAACACACUGAGGCCUGUGCGGUAGUGAAGAAGCCCUUGAAGAAAAGAGGGUUUUCUUAUCUUUUUGCAAGAGCAGAAAGAUCUGAGUACCACCAGUGCGGACAUUGUAACAAAGAUGUUCCAAUCAGGGAAGCUGUCUGCUGUCAACAUUGCAAGGGAUUUUUCCACAAAAGGCACGUGAGGAAAUCUGCUGGUGCCAUCACAGCCAAAUGUACAUAUACAUGCCAUCGGUGCCACUAUGGGAAAAAUGUGAAGAAGACAAAUGCAAAAACAGUGAAGAGUGACACUCGAAGAAGAAAAAGUAGCGCCAAGAGCACAAAAGUUCAGGAGCAAAAAUCAAAAAAGAUCACUGUAGGUAGAAAUUCGAUGAGAUUGAAGAACAGUAAAAAAGCCUUACGGCAUUCACAACCACUAAAAUCAAGAAACAAUAAGAAGGUUGCUGUUGUACCACUGCGUCGUUCAGCUAGGAAAGCUAAACAGAAAGCAUUGCAAAACAAGAAGGUUGUAGGACGCAAGAGAGGAAGACCAACCAAAUCCAAAAAACACGCAAAUAAGAAACCAAAGGAAGGUACUUCAUUGCGUAAGAAGAGAACAGAUACUUAUCAUAGUUACUGGCGUAAUGGUCUUCUUUUGUCUAGAAAACCAGAUGAUGAACGAGUGACACAUUUUAGGGAGAAAAGCUUCAUUGCCCCAUCCGAGAGUGUCAUUGAUGGUCAACCCAAAUGCCAUCUUUGCUGCGAAGCAGGAUAUACAUCUAUUUCAAAUUAUAUUUCUUGUGAGAUGUGUGGAGAAUGGUUUCAUGGAGAUGCUUUUGGACUUGAUUCGGAGAACAUGAAUAAGCUCCUUGGUUUUAGGUGCCAUAUGUGCCUUAAGAAGACUCCUCCUAUCUGCCCGCAUUCAGCAGCCACAAGCCAUGACGUUGAAAUAGCUGAGGUACAAAAUGAUGUUGCGACUGAAUUCCCCAAGGAAGAGACUGAUAGUAUCAUACAUCCAGAGGUGGAUCAUCCAGGUUUACUUCCUGUUGACGAGUCUAUUCAUGCGGAGGUGCAAUUAGGUACUGCCCUGGAUUCAAAUCAGAGUUUCGUGUCUGAGUCUAAAUUGGAAGCAGAAAAUGGGCUUGCACUUAGUAAUGUGAAGGAGAAUACUGAUGCAAUUAGAACUUCUAAUGAGAAUUUGAAACCAGAUUCACUAACAUCAUCUAAUGAAAAUCAUAUGGUUGAAGAGCACACAAUUAAAUUAGGUGGUGAUGCUACUGUAACUUCACAAGAUGUGGCACAGCUUUCUUCCUGUAAGGUUGAUGUGGAUUUGAUAGAAACUGAAUUGGCUUCAUUAGGAUCAGAUGGUGCGAAGGAUGGCUUAACAACACGUGCCCCGAAAUCACCAAUUGAUGGAACCUUUCUAGACUCCAUCAAGAUGCAACCACAAUCAUUCAUAGCAUCAACUGAAUUGUAA